GUAGCUACAGUGUGACGACAUUUGUUUUCUUCUUAAACCCUAAACCUCAUCAUCAACAUUUUUUUUUUUGUUGAAACACUGAUCCAAUUCCAUUUCCAAUCUAAUUCCAUGCUCUCUCUCACCAAACGCAUUCACUCUCUCACACUCACACCCUUCCUUUCUCGCACCUCCCACAACCUCCGCUCCCCUCGUCCCGACGCCGGCUCCCAAUCCAGACGCCGCCACAAAUCUCCGCCUCUUCCGCUCAAAAAAGCGGAGGAAAGAUCAGAAUGGUGGAUCGUUGACGGCGAAAUGCACGAAAUAGGCGAUCACGUGCCUCCACGUGAGAGGUUCAUCAUUCCCCGAGAGAAUAUUCCUAACAAACGCCGUAAACAGCUGAGAGAACAGUUCAUGCGCAGAACUCGCCUUGUUCUUAAGGAAUCUGAACACGACCCUUGGUGUAAAAGAUAUAUGGAACUAUACAAUGAACUUCGAGAAAAUUGGGAGAGACUUUAUUGGGAUGAAGGCUACUCUAAUAAGCUUGCUCGGGAUCAUGCGAACUAUGAGUCUGCUGAAGAUGAUGAUGAAGAUUUUUCACCUUACAGGAAUAGAAGACCCCCAAUGGAGUAUAACAAGGACCUGAAUUUUGUUAGAGACAGGAAAUCUGAUAAAUUUGAUACUUGGGAGAAAGUUAACCUCAUUCGUGAUAAAUUUGAGUAUGACAGAGAGAGAAGAAUGAGGGAGAAAGCAUUUGCUCCUAUGCAUGGAGUAUCUGCGGCUGACUCUCAUGAUUCGGAAGGCUGGAACCAACCACUAAAUACGGAUCGAUAUUUUAGCCGAACCGAAAGGUAUCAUCAAGAGGAGAAUAAAUGAAAUGGGCCUGCUAUUUCGCAAAGAGGUGAAAUAAUUUCCAUUCUCACUUAACAUUUAUGUUCAACUCGAUACUAUUUUGCUUCAAUAUGACAGCAGUUUCUAAAUGGUUUAGUUCUCUUUCAGUAAGGAUGGUGAAAUUGUUUUGUAACAGAAAUUCGAUAAUGUUUUAUAGCACCGACCUUUGCUCUCCCCAAAUGGUAGAUUAUUGUGACUUGUGAGAAUGUAAAUAAAAUUGGAAGUAACAUGAUACUUAUAAGAUAUUGUAACUAAUAAACUCAUUUAAUGUGUAGAAUGUAGAUAUCUUUUUUGCUUCCUU